AUGGAAGUGUCUUCUACGUUGAAUCACAUGAUUUCUGACUUGUUAGCUACUGUCAUCCACCAUCUGAAGGCCGGAGAAGAGCGUGAGCGCGAAGCCCGUCUCUCUGGUCGCAGACAGGUUACUAUUUCGGCGACGGCUGCUCACAGUAUCACGCCUAUUCAAGCACUGCCUGUUUCAGCUAUGACCACAUCAACUCCCCUACAAUCUACAACUAGCCAUGGGCAAAGUCUUGGAUUAGGAAGCCAAAAAGUCUCUGGAUAUAGCUGCCAGUCGGGAGGAACUGGUCAAUGGAGCACCAGCGGUAGCAGUGCUAGUGUCAAUUGUUUGGCGGGAAAUGUUGGAUCGGGUGGCUCAGUCUCGAAUACAAGUGGAGGUGGUUGUGGUGUCGGUGAUGCAAACCUGAUCGCGGCUGCAAGUAGUAUUCCUGCCGGUCCUAUCAAUUCCCUACGCCUGAAGUCACCAACUACGCAAAGCUUAACAAAGUUUUUAAAACGCCACUUUAUCCAUCGCUCCAUGGAUGAACAAUGCUGA